AUGUACUCUUCUUCGAAGAAGUCCAAACAAAGGUGUGAGAGACCUUUGUCUCCUGAAGACCUCAACCCUCCCACCAUCUUGAGGGAGCACGGACAAAGGGGUGAGAGACCUUUGUCUAGUGGAGGCACCAACCCUUCUGGCACCACGAAGGGGCAAGGGCAAAGGGGUGAGGGCCCUUUGUCUUGUGCAGAGAACCAGCCCUCUACGACCGGGCAGCAAGAACGAAGGGAUGUGAGCUCUUUGUUCUUCGUUGGCACCAACACUUCUACCACCAGGCAGCAAGAACGAAGAGAUGUGAGCUCUUUGUUCUUUGUUGGCACCAACUCUUCUACCACCGUGAAGGAGCACAGGCAAAAGGGUGAGGGCCCUUUGUCUUGUGCAGAAAACAAGGCCUCUACCACCAGGCAGCAACUUCUAAGGGCUGAGAGAUUUUCCUCUUCUGAUGAAGUCAAGUCUUUUACUCCAAUGCGGAAACAAGCAUGGAGUGCGAGGUCUUUGUCCUUAUCUUCUGAAGACGACCAGCCUUCUACCGCGAGGAGGGAGCAAGGAAAAAGGGCCGAGAGCUCUUCUUCUUCUGAUGAAGUGGAGCCUUUUGCUCCAAUGCAGCUUCAGGCAUGGAGGAGUGAGAGCUCUUCCUCUUCAUCUUCUGAAGAAGACGAGCCUUCUGCCACGGAGAGGCAGCAAGAAAAAAGGGCAGAGAGCCCUUCUUCUUCUGAUGAAGUCGAGCCUUUUUCUCCAAUGCGGCUUCAGGCAUGGAGUAGUGAGAGCUCCUCCUCUUCAUCUUCUGAAGAAGACGAGCCUUCUACUCCAAGGCAAAAGCAGCAUGGAAUGGUGAGACCUUUGUCUCCAUCUCCUGAAGACGACCUGCCAUCUACCGCGGGGCAGCAACAACGAAAGGAUGUUUACUCUUUGUUCUAUGUUGGCACCAACGCUUCUAACACCAAGCAACAAGAACGAAAGGAUGUGUACUCUUUGUUCUACGUUGGCACCAACCCUUCUACCACCAUGAAGGAACAAAGUGGUGAGAGCCCUUCCUCUUCCUCAAAAGAAGACUACCAGCCUUCUACCACCAGGCAGCAAGAAAAGAGAGCUGAGAUCCCUUCCACUUCUGAAGAAGAGGAGCCUUCUACUGCAAGGCGGCAGCAGUCAUGGAGGGGUGAGAGCUCUUCCUCUACUGAAGAAGACGAACCUUCUACCAUGAUGAGGGAGCAAGAAGAAAGGGCUGAGAGCCCUUCUUCCUCUUCUGAAGAAGGCAAAGUGGUGAGAGCGCUUCGUCUUCCUCUGAAGAAGACAACCAGCCUUCUUCCACGAGGAGGCAGGAGGAAGAAAGAGGGCUGA